GAGGGAAGGGCGGGACUUGGAAUCCCGAAGAGAGUCCUUAUUGGUCCGAGGGGCUGCCAGUCGUGGGGGCAGCCCAGGCUCGGAUUGGCUGCGUGGGGCGGGGCGCGGCGCCCAGUGGGAGGGGGCCUGAGGGGUGGGGCUGGCGCAGCAGCUGGCGCAGCUCAGACCCGGAGAGCAGCCGCCACCGCCGCCGCGGUGCCGCUACAUUUCCCCCUCCUAUCCCCCCCCUCCCUCCCCGAGCCCGGGGUUUCCUCCCUUCAUCAGGCCCCGGUCCCCGGGUGCUGCAGCAGCGGCGGUGUCUUUCCUGGCUCCCCCACGGGGAGCGUCGCCCGGGGCCCCGUGAGCUCUUUCUGCCCCACAGGAUGGGCACGGUGCUGUCUCUGUCGCCUGCUUCCUCGGCCAAGGGCCGGCGGCCAGGCGGGCUGCCCGACGAAAAGAAGAAGCCGCAGCAGUCCGCGGGGGAGGAGUCGCUGGGAGGCUACGGGCAGCUACCGUCGGGCAAGGGAAGCAAGGGCGAGAGCCGGCUGAAGCGGCCGUCAGUUCUCAUCUCGGCGCUCACCUGGAAGCGGUUGGUGGCCGCGUCCGCCAAGAAAAAGAAGGGCAGCAAGAAGGUGACGCCCAAACCCUCCCAGGCGGGCCCAGACUUACUGGUCCAACAGCGCAACCGAGAGAACCUUCUCCGCAAGGGCCGGGAACCCCCAGAUGGCGGCGGCGCCGCCAAGCCCCUGCCCGUCCCCGUGCCCACAGUGCCCACCAUCGUCGAGCAGUCCUCCGGAGUCAGCAUCUCGGCCCCGCCGGGUUCGGGAGGGGGUGGAGGGAAGCCGCCGCCGCCGCCGCCGCCUGCGGCCCCUCAGGCUCCCUCAGUCCCCGGGGGUUCCCCCCGACGGGUCAUCGUGCAGGCCUCCACCGGCGAGCUGCUACGCUGCCUGGGCGACUUUGUGUGCCGGCGCUGCUACCGGCUGAAGGAGCUGAGUCCUGGGGAGCUGGUGGGCUGGUUCCGAGGGGUGGACCGGUCCCUUCUGUUGCAGGGGUGGCAAGACCAGGCGUUCAUCACCCCGGCCAACCUGGUGUUCGUGUAUCUGCUGUGCCGGGAGGCGCUGCGCGGGGACGAGCUGGGCUCGGCCGCCGAGCUGCAGGCCGCCUUCCUCACCUGCCUCUACCUCGCCUAUUCCUACAUGGGGAACGAGAUCUCCUACCCGCUCAAACCUUUCCUAGUGGAGCCUGACAAGGAGCGCUUCUGGCAGCGUUGUCUGCGGCUCAUCCAGAGGCUCAGCGCGCAGAUGCUGCGGCUCAACGCCGAUCCCCAUUUCUUCACCCAGGUCUUCCAGGACCUCAAGAACGAGGGCGAGGUCGGCAUGGGGGCUGGGGGUCCCACGGGCGGUGGCGCUACCAACGCCAGAGACAGCAACGCCGGAGCCAAGCACUGGACUAUGAAUCUGGACCGCUAGGAGGCGAUGCUGCUGCUGCCUCCGCCAAGGGGCACCUGGGCCGGAGACAGGGGAUGACCGGGUCCCCUCCCCCCUACCCCGGACACAUCCACGGAGCCCCUGGGACGCCGCCGCCAUCACCGCUGUUGCCGCUGUUGCUGCUUCUCCAACCAACUGCCCCCCCCCUCCACCGAGGAGAUACCACCACCCAUUGGAGUAUGGCGGAUAGGACACCUGGGUCCUGCUGGUCUUGGAUUUGCGGGGGGGAGGGAGAGCUGAGCAGCGGGAGGGUGAGAGGAAGAGUUGGGAAGAGGAAAUGGGAGAGGGAGAAUGGAUUCUCUCUUCUGCCUAUGGUCUCUCAUCACUUUCUCUGUCCAACUUUCCUCCUUCUGUAUAUGUGUUUCUAAAUCUCCAUUUCUCCUCUUACCUAUAUGCUUUAGUCUCUGUCCCUCUCUUUCUCUAUUUGAGGGUGUCUCUGUCCAUUUUUCCCUGUCUGUACCUCUUCUCUGUUUCUUUUCUCUCUUCCUAUUUGUAUCUGUUUGUGUCUGUCCAUUUCUCCUGCAAAUGAGUCUCUAUCCUUUCUUCUUAUCUCUGUGUAUCUCUGUCCAUCCCCGCUUCUGUCUAUACGAGGGUCUACACCCCGUCUAUGUCUCUUUUCUCUCCUCCUAUUUGUACCUAUUUGUGCUUGUCCAUCUCUUCUUCUGCUUGUAUGUAUCUUUGCCCUUUUCUCCUGUGUGUGUCUCUAUUCAUCCCUUCUCCUGCCCCUUUCUGUUCAUUUCUCCUGUCUAGAAAGAUGCUUGUGUCUUUUCAUCUCUCUUAUCUAGAAGUAUGUCUCUAACCAUCUGUCUUAUCUGGAAGUAUAUGUGUUCAACUCUCUUGUUUAUAUCCAUUUUUAUUUCCCUCCUCCUCUUGUCUGCAUGUGUGUGUGUAUAUCUCUGUCCAACUUUCCUCUUAUCUGUUUCCUGUGUGUGUAUGUGUGUGUGUGAGAGAGAGAUAGAGAGACAGACAGAGAGAGAGAGAGAGAGACAGAGAGAGACAGAGACAGAGAGAGAGAGAUCUGCGUCUUGUAUGCCCCUUAGUCCAUUUCUUCCUCUUUUCUGGAUAUAUGACUGCCCCUCUCUGUGAUUAUCUCUUCCCCUUUUCUCCAUGUGUUUUUCUCUGUUCAUCUUUUCUCAUGUCUACAAGAGUCUCUGAUUCUUUAUUCUUUUUCUCCUACCCACCCCGUUUCCUCCUCCUUCUCUCUGGAAGAAAAUUGGAUUGAUUGUGGUUUGGGGUUGUCUCUCCUGCAGCAGAAAGUUGCGGUCUUGGGAGCUAAACCACCAGGAUGCCCCUUGUUCUCUCCCCACCUUUUCUGUCGCGGUGCAUGCCGGGAGAGGGGGGGAGGUGCUGCGGGAUGAGGGAGUUGGGUGGGGGGGGAGAUUCCACCCCGAGUCCUGGGUAGGGUGGAUUGGGAGAGGCCCCGGCGCAGCUCAGCAGAAAUGGAGGAAGGGAGAGAAAGAAAACUCUUCUCACUUUAGAAGAGGCCUUCCCCCUUUCUCAACUCCCCUUUCGACCCUUUUCCCCUCUUUUUAUUUAUUUGGAUGUUUUCAGGAAGUGAUCCCUGGGGGAGGGAAGGGGAGGGAGAGGGCUGGCCGGUCGGGAGCUGUCCGAGGUGCUGAGCCGGGGCCUAGUUUCCUGGGGGAGGGGGCCUGAGGCCGGAUUGGGCCUGGAGGCCGUGUCUAACGUGCCAAUGUUGCGAACCGAAGGCGCGGGCUGAACUAUCUGUCUGUCCCUGAGGGAGCUAUAAAGCGCUGGAAGCGCCUGCAGAAGUC